AUGGUAUGGGUGUAUGGAGGCGGUUUCUUCUCAGGUUCCCCUAGCCUCGAUCUCUACGACGGUUCGGUUCUUGCCGUGAAGUACAACAAGAUUGUCGUUAAUAUUAACUAUCGACUUGGCCCUUUCGGCUUUUUGUACCUCGGUGGUGACUCGGGCAUCAAUGGGAAUAUGGGCUUGAUGGAUCAGCAGGUCGCGUUGAGCUGGGUCCAAGAGCACAUCGGCACCGGCGCUGUAGAUAGAAAAGCCAUCGGAAAGUGUCUGCGCGCUCUGCCGGCUCAAGUCCUACAGGAACACAACGAUCUGAUCACGAACAGCAUCGACUUGCCGAUGACAUUUCCGUUUGCGCCGGUGGAGGAGGAUGAUCAUUUCUUUAAGGGGAAUUUAUGGGAGCGCAUCCGGCGACGGGAAUUUAAAAAGGACGUUUCUGUUGUGAUGGGCACAGUAGCUGAUGAAGGCACAUAUUGGUUGCCCUAUUUCCUCUUUGAAAAGAAGUUCGGCUUCGCCUACAAUCAUACGAUCUCGGCCGAGGACCCGCAAAACCGGGCUCGAAUCGACAACGAGCAGUUCGGGAGGUCGAUUGGGGCAUUUUUGCCGUAUUUCGGGAACUCGGCGCUCGUACGUCAUUCUCUGAUGCAUGCGUAUCGGCAUUUGUCGCCGUCGCCGGAUGAGAACGAGCGAUUGCGCGAUGGAGUAGCUCGAUUCCUUGGCGACUACUUCUUCACGUGCGGCGUUUUGGAGUUUGCCGAUCUGCUGGCCGAUCACAUUCACGGGCCGCUCUACAUGUAUUACUUCACAAUGCGGUCCUCCGGCAACCCGUGGCCACGCUGGAUGGGUGUAAUGCAUGGGUAUGAGAUCGAGUACGUCUUCGGCCAGCCCUUCCGCCGUCCUAUGCUCUACGCCCCGGAAAAACUGGCGACCGAGCAAAAAUUCUCGGCAGCGGUGAUGCAGAUGUGGAUCGACUUCACGAAUACCGGAAUGCCAGCGUACUUCUGGCCAAAGUACAAUCGUGUGGAGAAAAAGGCCGAACGGGCCAAGAUGUCGGCCCUGAUGGGGCUGGGCGCUUGCGGCGUCUCGGUGCUCUUCUUCGGCUCCAUGUUCGUCCCAAUCAAGAAGUUUGAUGCUGGCGAUGGCCUCUUCGUGCAAUGGGUGAUGUCUGGGGCGAUAGUGCUGGUUGGCUGGAUCUGCUGGGGCCUCCGCUCGUUCCCCGGCUUCUACCCGCUAGCCAUCUUCGGUCUGUUCGGCAUGAAGGCGCACCCACCGGCUUCAUCGAUUCUCAACUAUUUGGGGCUUGCGCUGGUGCUCACGGGUGGAUUCCUCUUCUCGCGUGUAAAAGGCAACGCUGAUGAGACGGAAGACGACACGGCUGGAAAACGGAUAACGCUUCAUCUUCAGGAUGAGCAUCAACUGGAAAACGUGGUAGCCCUGACGAACGGCGAGUGCGAGAAACUGAAUGUCGGCGAUGGAUCGGACGAUGAGGAAAGCGGAAAGGAUAAAACGGAUACGACCAUCGAAGGCGUUGAGGCAAAGCGAAAGGCAUCUGGCCGUGGCCUCGGCAUCGUCCUGGCCCUCAUCUCCGGCUGCUUCUACGGGCUAACAUUCGUGCCGGUGAUCUACAUGCAAGACAACCUGGAAGCGUUCCCCGGUGCUCCUGUUGACGGGCUGAGCUACGUGUUCUCGCACUAUUUUGGAAUCUUCAUCUCUGGCACUGCACUGUUUCUCGGAUACGCGAUUUUCAAGAAAAACAAGCCAAUAAUCAACCCUGAAAUCACGCUGCCCUCUUUUGCCGGCGGACUGAUGUGGGCCAUCGCGCAGUCAGCGUUCUUCAUCGCCAAUGACAACCUGUCACAGGCUGUCACGUUCCCGAUCAUCACCACCCUGCCCGGCUGCGUCGCGUCGUUGUGGAGCAUUCUGUACUUCAGGGAAAUCAAGGGCCAACGCAACUUGACGACGAUGGCCAUCGCCAUUGCUGUCACCCUAACAGGGGCCAGCCUCGUUGGACUAUCGAAAAUCGUCAACUUA